AUGCCACGUGAUGUUCUUAGUUCGUUCUCUUCGAGCGUGGACGGGACCAACAUGGCUGCCCUGUUCUUUGUUCUCGCCGUUUUAGCUGUUUCUGCGCCUCUAAAGUCAUCUGGUAAGCUGAAAAUAACUUUAAUUGAACGUUAAACCUAACGUGUAGGGUAAUUAUGUAGUUACAAGUCUCCACCGGGAAGUUAAUGGGAGAAAUUUUCAGCACUUUUUUUCGCCACACGGGGCAGGACUCUAUUGGUCAAUCUACUUUGACCUUUUCUGGAGUGUUUUUUGCUUUUCAAACUUCCUAAUUUUUAUCAGACGCUGUACAAUUAUUGAUUGACACAUUUUGCCGUCUACAUCGUUUUGUAACAUUCAGCGACGUGUUACUGUAUUUGAUGAAGGCGAGCACAACCUCCAGAAUAAAACUGAAGUAACAGUAUGGAUGAAAUGCCUUGAGUGUGUCACGAAAUGUCUUCUUAACGUUGAUUUCACUUUGUGGUUUUGAAUUAGGUGAUGCUUGCGUAGGAGCUAGGCCAACCACAGACAUUUAUACCACAAAGAACAUUUUGCUGUCAUCAGAGAGUGUGUUCAUUGUUGAAUUUUCUCUCAAAUGUGACAAUGGUGCAAAGGUAUGGUAUGUUUGCGGAUGGGUGAAGUAGUCCUAUUUUGAUGGUCUUAUUCUUAUGCUGUCUGAAAAAUUUCCAUUUCCAUGAUAUGAGUACCAGAGAGAAAAAUACAAUUCAAGAAACUACUGGAUAGUUCUGCUCAGAUACAACUGUAGCUGAGAGAGAGUUUACUUUAAAUAUAGAACAAUAUUUUGUAGAAUUUAAGAAGUUGCCCAAGACUCCUUUGUUUUGUUAAACCAUUUUCUUUGAUUAGUGAAGAAGGGAAAGGCCCUUGCACAACCCCAUGCUAAAUUUGUAUACACUUAGAAUUACAAGGAAAAAGGAAAUGAUCACUGACUAAUGAAGCUCUUGACUGUUAAACAAAUUCUCCUUGUCAGCACUUCACAUGUUCCUCAAAUGUAUGAAGAACGGAAUAUGUUAACUGAUGUAAGGGUGUAGAGGGUUUAUUUGCAUAACUGGAACCAAUUGCUUGUUUGUGCAUCAUGAAGAACAUUAAAUUGAUUGGUUAUUGUGAUUGCCAUAGAUGCAUGCUAACUUUUUCAACAUGGAACAUAAAAGCAUACCAAUAAAAAAUGGUGCAAUGCUUAAAAGAUAAGGAAACUCCUAAUAUAUUUCUUAAGACAUUUAUGAUAUAUGUAAAUCAACCACUUUAUUGUUCAUUGUUAAACUUUUCAAAUUGCUGAAAAGUCUUGGGAAUCAUUUCAUGACUUCAGUGGCUCACUAGAGAUUUUUUGGUCAGCAAACUGAACAGUUUUGCUCUUUAAAUGCAAGUAGAGGAAUUUAUUCUUUGAUAUGUUUUAUUAUGUAAACAGGAUGUGAACCUUUAUGCUGAAGUGAAUGGAAAAGUUAUGCCAGUUACAAGAUCAACUGAUGAUGCGAAAUACCAGGUUUGUCAUUAUUUGUAACUGAUUUUAGAAAGAUCAAUGUGUACUUAGCAAGGAAUAAUUCCUAAUGUACUUCACACAGGCUGAUUGGCUUGUCCUAAGUAAAUAGCAAGUGCAUUUAAUUUUCAACUCAGAUCAACUGAUGAGAUAAAACUGUGCUUCAAGAGUUUAAUUUCUCACAAUUUUCAGUUUACUGGCAUUGAAAGGAAUAAACUACAGUGUAGUUUUUCAGUUGUGGUAUAUUCUAAAAUAAUAAUGAACCACAUUGUCAGUGAAAGUGGUACAUACUGUAUCUACCUUGCUGCCUUGCGGCUCAAUAAAUAUCAACCACUUUUUGCCUCCAGAUCAGUAAAUAAUUGUAAAAUAAUGUUCUUCCCCAUGGAUGGAAGGCCAGUCCAUCACAAGUUACCCUGGGCAUUAUCAGGCUUCUCUAAAAGUUACAGAGUUAACUGCCCCCAUUCAAACUCCUGGGUGAAGGGAGGGAUCAUCAGAAUGAAGUGUGUUAUCCAAGAACGCAGAACAAGAUUUAGCCAGGUUGCAAGGCCAGAUCUCUUGACAUUAAGUCCAGAGUGCCAGCCUUUUGACCAGUGGGUCUUCCAAAUUGUUGGCCCAGUGGCAUUUUUGACCCUUAAUACACUAACAUUGGUAUGCAUAUUCUCCUUACUGUUCUCUAUACAUUUCCCUGGGUGCUGACAAGGAGAAUUAGUUAAACAAUGAACAGCUUCUAUAGUCAGUGAUCAUGUCUUUUAUCCUCAACCUUAAUAUUUGAUUCAGGGGAGAUAUUGUAAGGAGAAAUUAUAUGUUAGUCACUCUUAGGUAUUAUAGGGUUAAAUGAAAUCCAAGGAGCUAACAUGGAGUUCUUCCAUCUCAUGACACCCUGUUUCAAUUCCCAGCUGUUAAAACCUUGAGGAUUGAAUCUUCUCCUGGUUCUCAUCUUUUCUUUCUUUAUAGCAACUAAUAUGCCAAAUUCCAUGGUAACCCAGAAUCAGUGAAGCUAGAAACCAUGCCUUGAGUAUUUCUUUGUUCAAUAAUUGUCCCAAAGACAUGGAUGAUGAAUGUGAAUCAGCUACCCUGAGUGUACAAAGUACAUAUGAUUACACUAUUACAUGUUCUGAUAUGUCUUUGGAUAACUCAAUGUUGAACUUUUUUUUUUUAGUACCUGGAUGAUGCACCAACUUGCUUUUUGUUAUUUUUAUUAUUAGGUCAGCUGGGCAGAGGAGCACAAGGAGGCUAAAGCUGGUGUCUACAAAUUGAGUUUCUAUGAUGAUGAGGGAUAUGCAGCCUAUAGAAAGGUACACUGGUCAAAUUAAGGAUGGUUUAAUAUUGGGAAACAAUUUGGUCAUUUUAAUACAUCUUUGUGGUCCCCACCUCCCCCCCCCUCCCCAUACUGCACCCAAGUAGUUUGUUAUAAACCUUUUUAUUUAUUGCAAGGACAUACUGUUGGUAUGGAUGAUUUUGAACCAGUUUGAGUCAUUUCAAGUAGUUCUGGAUAACAAUGUCUAAAACCCACUGUCCUGAUUGUCAGCUCUCCCCUCUAGCUGCUACACAUCCUUGUAAAUUAGUUAUAAGAAAUUGUCCUAAUGUCAAGGUAAUAACUUCUCCAUGAUAAGUUGAGUAUUCUCACUACAUGUUUUCUGGAUACUGUUUGGAUAUUCUAAGGAGAAGUUAUGUGUUAAUCACUCCUGGAGUGGCGAAGAACUCUUGAUCAUACCACAGAAAAAAAAUUGUCUCUGCGACCUGUUUGCUGUUAAAAUAUCUGCUAAGAAAAUUUUAUUCCUUCUAAGUCUUGUCCUUGGUGGAGACGAGGGAGGGAGUGUAUCAAACCUCCUUUGUUCUACCUCUGUGUUUUUUCUUGUCCUUCUUGUUAACUCUGUUAAAUUUAUAAGCAGAAGGAUUCACACUCAACUUGCAGAUGUUAACAUUUCAAAGGGCUGUCCAGUAAAUGAUGACUUGUAUAAUUAUCUGUCAAUCCAAUGAGAAAGAUGAUUACAAAAUAUACCGGAAGUCUGAUAUAUGUGACUUGCUCUUUGAUAAUCAGAAUAAUCAGAAACAAAUGAUAGGAUUUUAAUAUAUUUAGGAUGGUACAAACAUGUUCUCAUCUACCACAAUUUGCUUUUAGGCACAGAGAAGUGGUACACCAAGUGAGGCCAAGGCCUUGUUCUCCAUUGAUGUUAAUCAUCGGGUGAGGAAUGCUUUCACAUCCAUUGUUUUAUUCCAUUUUAUGACAUUUCUCUCUUUUAGUUACUCCUAAGAAACAAUAGAUUUUCUAGAUGAGUGUCUAACUUCCCAAAGACCUUUGUGAUGAACACAAUCGCUACCAUGAUGCAAAAUCAUGAUUAGACUCUUUAUCCUCUAAGAAGUUCUGAGAUGUCUUUGGGAAGGUGUACACUGGGCUCUUUGGGCUUUUGUAUCAUGAAAAUUUUGCCAAACUUUCCAGUUGAAUACCUACAAUCUUCUCCAUCCAUUUUUACCUCAUGGUAUGAUGGUGGUCAUUCCAUGAGGAUUAAGUGGCAACCUAAAAUUCACUUACUCACUCACUUGCACUAUUCAUAUCUGUUAGACCAUAAAUUUAUGAUUUGAACAUAGAUGAAAUUCAUUAUGGCCUGCCUCUCUAACUAGGUUUGGUUCUCUCCCCAAAGUCAUGCCAUUGUCUUCUGUAUAUCUAUCUGGUGGGGAGGGACAGGUUCAGAAAUGUUAUUUGAUCUACAUACCUGUCAUAUUUACUUGUUUUCCCAACCCAUCCAACCAAUGGUUUUUGAUGACCCUUAUGUAGAGUGUAACCUUACUUUUGGCAGAAAGUAACUCAAAUUAUGGAGGCCUGGCACCCCAGCAGGUUGAUUCUAACUUUCUCUUACUGAUAUGUUUCCUAAAGGUUAAUUCAAAGUUGAUUUGUUAUUUUUAGGGAGCUGGCCGUGAAGGACUCUAUGUACAAACAGAGUUUAUUGCCGUUGUAGCAGCUUUGUUGAUUUGGUGGAGUGCCAACAAUGUUAAAAGUAAACUGCAGGAAUCCUAG